AUGUCCAACCACGGCACCGACAACGAGGACGAGUUCAAGGCCUUUAUCGGCCAAGUGGACGAUGACAAGAGCGGGGGUAUCACAUACGAGGAGUUCCUCUACGUGUUCCAGGAGAUCAAGCUGGCGCAGCUCUUCAGCCAGGACUUUGUCGACGCUCUCUCGAAGGAAUACACCAAGGUCUACGGCAACGACUUGCCGGUUGCAAGGCGGCUCGGAUCAAUCGAGUACUCGCCUGACCGCAUUCGCAGCGCGUACACGACCGAAGGCGUUGAGAGGUUCAUGUACUCGAAGCGGCCGAACUGGGCCAGUGUGCGGUGGAUCAACGUGGAAGGAACGGACCCACUCAUGAUGCGCCGCCUGGCAGUGCGAUAUCGACUGCACCCACUGGCAGUGGAAGACACGCUGGACGCCGACCUGGAGCGCCCCAAGUACGAGCACUACGACGAAGACUCGUCUUUGAUCCUCCAAACGGUUCACGCGCGUGAUCUGGAGAAGGCGCUGGAGUACCAGAGCAUGUAUCGCGCGUCGCUGUACGUCCGAGACAAUGCCGUCUCCCCGUUUGAAGGUAUGAGCAAGGCUGAGCUGGAGAGGAGACUCGAUGAACUCGCUAUGGGGCGCAUCAUGGCGCCGCCUGAACAGCUGAGCUUGUACAUUAUGGACAACGUCGUCAUUAGCGUCCAGGAGUCGCCUAGCACCCUGUGGCCGACUCUGAAGCAGCGACUAGACACUUCGUACUCCAAGGUCCGACAGAACGGGACGGCGUUCUUGGUCUACUCCAUCGUGGACGUGUGCGUGGAUGAGCUUUCCCCCAUCGCCCACACAUACGGAGCCAAGGUAGCGAUGCUUUCUCGCCUUAUGUGCCACGAUCCACGUGGCUUCGACGUCGAUCGGCUCGCAAAAUGCUCCAAGGAAAUCAAGGGACUCAAACUAUUGUGCAAACCACUACGCGAGAUGAUCACGCAGCUCAUGGAGUCCGACGAUUUUGAAGGCGAGACGUUGCGGUACUUCCGGGACGUGCAGGACCACGUGACAGUCAUUGACGAGACUUGCGACCGCCUCCUGGACCGCUGUCGGAGCCUGGUGGACGACUUCCACAACUUCCUCACCGGUCUUUACGGCAUGAACUUUGUCAACAUGCCCGAGCUGCAGUACGAGCACGCCUACAUGAUCUGGUGGGGCGUCGUGACGACCAUCGCUAGCGGGACCACCUCCUACUUUAAGUUCUACAAGAAGUGGCUAGAGUUUGAUCAAAUUUUCGCAGCAGCGACCCAGCGGCACGUGACCCGUGCACCAUUCGCGAGCAACCUAGCGCUUUGA